AUGGCUCUCAUCAUCAAACACCCACACAACUACCUCUGUACACUUGAAAAAUCAAGCAAAAAUACAGAUUUUCAUUCCAUUAUCAACGCCCUCUCAUCAUCAAAGUACAGAACUUUGUUGACUUGCAAUGCUCCCAUUUACCAAGAUACUCUACGAGAUUUCUGGGCAAAUGCCAAACUUGAAAUACAAGAUAAAAAGGCUUGGGCAAUCUUAUCACAAGUAGGUGGAAUUUUGGUCCCAAUAACACCACAGACCAUAUUAGAAGUCUUUCAGAUGAACGACCAAGCAGGUAAAACCUCUUUCCCUAAGGAUGAGUAUCAAAUUGAUUUGAUCGAAAGAGGGUACGCAGGACAAUGGUCAAAAGCUACUAUGCAAAAGGGAGAAUUUCCACCUCCCAUGAAAUUCCUGUUUUAUACCCUUCUCACCUGUGUGUCUAAUAAAACAACUGCUUUUAAUGAAAUUCCUCUGAAAAUCCAAUACUUGGGGUAUGCUAUCAUGUCUAAAAUUGAUUUCAAUUACUCCCAAGAAAUUUUUAAUGAUUUGGCCAAAAAUGUGAAAAAUAUUAAAGAAAAGAAUCCACAGGCUUUCUUAUUGUUUCCAAGAUUUUUGAGUUAUUAUUUGCAACAGAAAAUCCCAAAAGAAAAUGCACAAGUACUUGUACAAGGUGCUCAUUUUCAAAUAAACAGUCUGUCUGCUGAAACUUUUACUCGCUUCAUAGCUAAAGAGACAAAAAGUUCAAAAACACAAACAGGGGAGUCUGAGCAAAUUUUGGAUGAGUCCACAUCUGCUCCUCAGACUUCAGUUGGUGAGCCUACUGCUCUUGGUGAACACAGCAGCACAACCACUACUGUGCAACCCCCACCAAGAACCUCCAAAAAGACCAAAAAGAAAUCCACCAAGCCCACCAAACCCAGUAAAAAGGGCCUUCUGGAAGAUGAGAUCCCAGAAUUGGAAAGAUCUCCACCCAAAGCCUCAACUCCUCAUGAUUCCUCACAAAAGGAACAUGUUGUAACCAUAGGGACACCUCAAUAUGAAGUAUUACCCUCACUUGAGAGUAUGCUUAACAGCCCUUCUCCCUGGGCAAAUUCUCUUUCAACACCACUAUCUUCAUCUCAACUUCCACCAUCCCUUGUACCUCUGUUUGAUGCCAUUGAGCUUCAGACUCAAAACAGCCCCUCUCAAUCACACAUUAAAGAGAGUAUAACUUCAACAAUGGCUGUGUUUGAACCACCUCAAUUGGUUAUCCCACAAACAGCUAAGGAGGCUACACCACAUGGAUUUUACGAAAUCCUUACCUACUCCAACGCAAAAGCCACUCAAAAGUCAGAGCCUGAAAAGAAGUCUUCUGCAACCACUGCUGAAACAUCUGUCAAAGAAAAGGAAAAGGGAAUUGAUGAAACCCUGAACAUUCAAGCAGAUGAAGAGGCUGCAAACAAAAAGACUGUCCAAAAUCAGAAUGCAACAAAAGAAAGGAUUUGGAAGAAGGAACAAAAGGCAAUGAAGUAUUGGGAAAUCAAAACAAAGGAUCUUGGCACUUCCAACAGGAAGAAAUCAUUCAAACAUAAUAAACCACCACUUACCACAUUUUCAAAACCACAAUUACAAAAACAAACACCUAAAAAGCAAACCACAGCUGGUCUCAAAACCACUGCUGGUUCAAAAAAGACACCCACUGUUACACCUAAACCAACACCACCACCACAAAACCAACCUGCCAAAAAGCAGAAAACAAAACCAUCCUCACCAAUACCAUCCAACACUGCAACAAAUGUUGACAAUUCAACAGUGAAUGAUUAUGAUAUACCUGCACCUACUCCAAUAUCAUCUUCACCAUUCAUUCAAACCAACCCUGAACCUUUUAAUCCUCCAUCAUCACCAACAUCCAAUCCACUUGUUCAACCACAAACACUUGAAGGUCAAGAUCCUUCAAGAACCAUCCCAUUGGCAGUAAAUUAUCCUCUGGAAUUGCAUGCAUUGAAAGCUGAAAUGAGGCAAUUCUAUACAGAGGAUGAUCCAUCUAAAAGAACUUUCCCAUCUCUUCGUGGCUUCAGAACUCCAAAGAACAUGGAUGAUUAUCUGAAACUCAAAGCCAAGUAA